AUGCGUAAAGUAGACGAAUCACAAGAGACGGUUAAGCGCUGUUACCUACCGCAUCACCCGGUGGUCAAGGAGGCUAGCACCACCACCAAGGUUCGCGUUGUCUUCGACGCGUCCUGUAAGACGUCUACAGGUAUUUCGCUCAACGAUACGCUACAUGUUGGACCUGUAAUACAGCAGGAUCUACGGUCAAUCAUAUUGCGCUGUCGGAUAAAGCAAAUCAUGCUGGUGUCUGACAUCGAAAAAAUGUUCCGUCAGAUCAACAUGCGACCAGAAGACAGACCACUGACAUGUAUUCUCUGGCGGCCUCGUCCAACCGAUGAGGUCACGACGUACAAGCUUGGCACAGUUACGUACGGAACCAAAUCAGCACCGUUCCUGGCAACGAGGACGCUGCAUCAGCUUGCGACGGAAGAAGAAGAUCGAUUCCCGCUGGCAGCGAAGACAAUCCGCGAAGACACGUAUAUGGAUUCACCGAUUUACCGAUUUUUAUACAUCAUCUGA